AUGCCACUACCAGGCAAUUCCACAAGCCAGCUGGAGGAAAGAGUGAACCGGCUGAAGUUGAUAACUAUACAGAAAAAACUAGAGCCGCUAGCGAUUACAAAACCAACAUCGGUAGACAAAGGCUUGAUACCAAUAACGGAAGCCGCACCUCCAGUCACUACUCGAGCAAAUCCAGAAGCACCUACUUGCGAGAAGACUCCAGCGGAGAAGGCUGUGGAUGCUAUGGACCUGGAUCCACAAGCCUUGAGCUCCAGGUUUAGAUAUUGCAAGGAAGAAUAUAUUGGAAAUUGA